AUGCUCAUACAUAGGCUCUGGUCUCGUGUUAUUUGCCCAGUUCUCGUUUGCUGUGUGUUGGUCUCUUUUGCAGAGGAUAAUUCAUCAAGGCUCAACGAUACAAAUCUAGGGAAAAAUCCACAAAGCACCAUCAAUUUCCGAUUUAGUCUACCAAUGACAAUAAUUUUCGCCACAGCCAUAUUAUUUAGCUUCGUGAUGUCUGUGAUAGGCAAUUCUCUAGUGAUUUGCAUCAUAGCCAAACAACAGUAUAUGAAAACAUCAACCAAUUGUCUCAUAAUGAACUUGGCUGUUUGUGAUAUUUUGACCACUUUACUCCUGACACCAACUUUCACCAGAAGAAUUUUUCUCGGCGGCAGAUGGUUUGGCGGUGAUAUUGGAAGGGCCACUUGCAAAAUAGUGGAAUACGGGAACUCUUUUCCAAUUUACUGCUCUCUUUUAAACCUAGUUGCAAUCGCCAUUGAUCGAUGUCUUGCCGUCACUCGACCACUAUCUUACAAACUUUCAUCAAAAUGGCUGGUAAAGAUUUCAAUUCCUGUAAUUUGGUUGAUUUCACUUUCGUUACCAGUAGUGAGUCUGUCAGACACACAAUUAUUAUACUAUGACGGUAACGUGUGGCCGAGAUGUGAAGAGAAAAGCGGUCGAGGCUCUCUCGACUUGUACUUGGCGAAAGCUACUUUAGUCGGCUCGUUUAUCGCAUUGAUUACACUUUAUUCAGUGAUUUCUUAUCGUCUUUGGAGAAGAAACAUUCCUGGUGAGAUGCCCAGCAAUCAAAAGGAACUUGUCAUUCGUACAGCACGAAAGGUCACCGUUUUAAUGAUAUCAAUUGUAGUUGUCUUUUUUGUUUCAUGGGCACCAGCCUUCGCUUUUCUCAUAAUCGUCGAAUUUGGAAACGGUGGUCCGACCUUUGGAGAAGUUUUAGUGCAACAUCCCUUCUUAUUUGCUAUAAGUUACUGGCUUAUUUGUAACAACAGCGCCUUUAACCCUUUGCUGUAUUUCAUAUUUAUUGAAAGUUUCCGUCAAGGCUUGAGAUCGGCCUGUUCAAGAUGUCGUGUUCCUCGAUUCUCACCUCAGGAAAGGAGGGGCAAAACUGGACAAGAAUUAACGAGGAAUAGGCCAACUCUGGAUAUCAUCAAUAAGGAAGAAGGAAAUAUUGAAUUGAAAGCAUACUCUGUGUCAACAGUAAUCUAG